AUGAACAAUCUGACUCGCUACUUGGAUUGUUCCGCACAUCCUGAUGCAAUAUUUGUGGAUGAUCACUCAUGGAACUCAGUGAAGCUGUGUGUGCAUCGUCCUCCGAUGACAUCAAACUGGAUCCGUUUGCUCCCGAAUAUUACCGAUAUAACAUUUGGUUCCGUAAGUUGUUCCAGUGUUUGGGAUCAUGUUGAUUUUGUGGGGAGUGAAUUAGUCAUCAGGAAUCCUGAUGAGGUGAAGAUUGGUCAAAUGAACGUAACAUGCGAUAUGGAGAACUAUAUGAGACCGAUCUAUUUGCUGAGAUCCACAAUCAUACUCCUGCUUAAUCCACGGAAGCCUUACUAUUUAUUUGAGAUUGACAGAGAAAUCGAAUUCAACUUCGCAGUUCCGUUAGAAGGUGAAGGAGAAGGACAAUUUCAAGUGUUGAAAGACAUACAAAUGCAAUGUGAAAUUUUAGAACCUUCACUGGAACCGAAAUCGGGGAUUGGAGUUAAUUUCUUCGGUAAUAAACUGAUAGUUGAUUCCUCAAGUCCGACGAAAAUAUCUUUCUCAUACUUGGUAAAAUGCAGUGCCUUCAAUGAAUUUCUUACGAGAAAAACGCAUUUUCUAUUUCUCGGUGUGAACAAGAUUAAACUCGUCAUAACUGGUCCUAGAGUGAUUUACGCUGAUCUUAGCCUAAAACAUAAGUACACAUGUUCUGUGAAAAGUGUCUUCGGAAAGAAUUUGGAAACUGAAAACUACAAGCCAGUAUUUCAGCAAGUUUCUAAUGGGACUUUCCUCAUAAACCAAAAUGUUCUCUCAUUCACCAAAGACAGCCCAUCUGGUAUCCAUUCGUUUGAAUGUCAUUUUCAGAUUGAAACGUUUCACACUAAAACACAGUUAAAAGUUGUACUUUUUAGACGUGAUGACCUCGAUAUUCAUUUAAACCCUGGAAAGCAAGUCAUAGUUUUGGAAAAUAAUUCUCGUUUGACUGCAUCAUUACGAUGGAUAAAUCCAGCGUUCCGGACGUUUGCAGACGAAGGACGUGAAUAUCCUGCCAAGUGUCAAAUUCAAUACAUGGGUAUCAAAAAUCAAACCUCUAGAAUAAUUAUGUUUGCUUAUUCCAUAAGUAUGGUCCAUUUGACUCCUGGAUUCGCACGUCUGAAUUGUUCAGAUAUGGGUGGAAUGCGUUGGAGAAGUAAACUGGUUUUAUUUGCAGCUCGAUCAGAUUUCACUUUGACGUGCAUGCAAAAUGCAGCGAUAGAAAUCGAUCAUUAUUUCGAUCCUGUUUGCAGAUAUGAAUUAACUACCCCACUCAAAUGGAUCAACACAUCUGAUGACGAUGGCUAUAUUCCUAUGUCAUGCUUUGACAAGCAACAACAAUUAUCAUUUGAUGAAAAUGGCAGAAUACUGUGGGGAAACAGUAGAGGGAGUCUAUUAGGUUAUCAUGAUAUUGUUUGCGAGAACGGCACUUUCGAAAGGACCAUUUUGGUUUACGACAAAGAAAUCCUACUGAAUACAGUAGAACAACAGGAAUUUUUCCUAACUGGACCUGGAAAUUCUGUUGAAUUUAAUUUUGGUUAUUAUAAUCAAGUUGGAACAUCAAAAGUUUUCACAAGGCAGGAUAUUCUAGAUGAUAAGUAUACUUGUAGAACACACAAUCCAGAUUUCGGUUCAGACGUUUUUAAUGGGAAUAAAAUGAGUCUGGAUAUUGAAGACCGACUGAAUGUAACACCAGUGAACUUAACUGUUAUCUGUGAAGCGUUCAACGGCGACCUUAGAAGGAAUACAACAAUUUAUGUUGCAAAUGAAAAGGAUUUAUCUUUAAAAGUUAUUCCAAACUUGGUUGUUCUAAAACCAGACUGGUCAAAUUAUAAUCAAAAUCUUACUGUUCACUUGACAUCUAAACAAGCUCAUUUAAAUGAACAUUUGAUUCAGUUGGAUUUACAAUGUUCACUUGACUAUGGAGAAGAUACGAUAUCUUUCAUCAACAAUAUAUCGUACAGUAGAUUGUCAGUGGGAAAGCCAAAUGUCAAUUGUCAUGCUGUAGGUGAUGAAUAUUUUAAAGUAUCUCAGCGUAUUCUAAUUAUUUGGGAAAGUUGGUUGAUUCCAAAUUGUUAUAAAUAUAAUUCAAUUAUAAUUAGUAAACGACGUAUCAAGAUAUGUGAACAAAAAGUGGAUGAAGCAUAUUCUUCGUUUGAAGCAUUUAAGGAAUUUCAAGGAGUGCCGAUUGAAUGUCACGAUUCUGAAAACUUGCUGACUUUUGACAAUGGAGAACUGGUUUUACAAAAACCGUUUCCAAAGACUGGUUUUUAUAUCAUCUACUGCGAUGCGGUGAAAUAUGCCAAAAAAGUAUUUCUGUACGACUCUUCACUUCGCCUUACCCUCAAAGAAAAUAGAUCUGUAUGGGUUUUAGGCGCGGAUGAUCGCAUACAGUUCCAAUUUGAAUAUUUCGAUCCAGAAAGCUCAAGCUACAAAAUAAUACCUUCAGAAUAUACUACAUGCACAAUAAAUUAUCGAGGUGAUAGUGUUGUGGGAAAUAACGGAUCUAUUUCAAUGGAUCAGUUUAGAUUGUCUCCCAGUUCUACAAAGCACACAGCGAAUUGUAGUUUAUUUGAUGGUGAAAUUACUAGAAAUAUCAGUUUUGUAGUACUGAAUAAGACAGAAUUAUCACUUCAUACUGACAGAGAUGGUGAAAAAUAUCUAUCAGACGAAGAGCACUCAUUCCCCUGUAAAAUUCGAGGACCAACUCACUUGCAGCCUAUAAAGGAACUGAUAAAUAAGGUUCGUUGGCAGAAUUGUUCGAGUGAAUAUGAAUUCAGAUUUCAAAAGAAUAUCUUAAUGACAAGGAAAAAUAUCACUUUAGGCAAAAAGCAGUGUUCGUGUACUCUGAAUGCAACUCACAUAUAUCUGCGAAAGGACCUAAACUUUGAGAUCAUCAAAAUUGCAACAACGCUAAAACCUGAAAAAGAACAUCGAAUUCAACAAUUUAAGGAAAGAACUGUUUUUAUAACUGAUGGCCGACCACAUCAAUUGAAUCACUUUUACUUUGAAUCAAAACUUGGUGAUCGAAUGAGUAUGGCUAUUGAAAAAAAUGUAAUAAAUUGGACUGGACCAGAAAUCAUUGAUAAUCGGCAUUACAUUACAUGCCAUUUAAAACAAAUUUACUUAGGAAGAUUGUUAGCAUAUAAAAAAACUGAUAUGUUUAACCAAGUAAUGUAUUCAAGCAGCAUUGCCUUCACACCCAAAUUGAAGUACUAUGUAAGAAAUCAAACACUUCAAUGCAUCAUUGAUAAAGAAAUGAGCCUCUUAGAAUUUCCAUAUAUGUUUAUCACACAUCAUCCAGAAGGGUUUAAGCCAAGGCUGUAUUACGAUGGUCAUAUAGAUUUCUCAGAAGAAUUUGUCGGUGGUGUUUAUGAUGUUACUUGCUUUCAUCAAACUAUUCAAAUGAUAAUGAUUCAAAGUCAUAUGACACUGGUGUUUUAUGAACCACCAAGUAAGCUGAGAAUUGAAGGUAGAGAAAUGGAUAACAAUUCCUAUGCUUUCCAAUGUACACCAAAUGGAUUUCCAAUUGAAAAUAUCACUUAUAAAUGGAGGGUGAUAUCCGGUCAUAAGUUCGCAUUUCAUACAGAAGGGAAUAAGUUCGUUCGAAACAAAUUUGCAAUAUAUGGAAAUUACACAGUUCAGUGCACUGUAGUCAUUUUACAUAACAACCGAACAUUUCAUUUGAAUGCAUCUGCCAAUCACACAUACACUGUGAAGAAAUAUUGUUAUUCAGAUAUUAUUAAUGAAGAGAAAUUAGCAGCUGAACAGUCUGGUUUCAUACAUACUAUGGCCAAUCAAUCUGAUAUCACUCUCGACUUUUCAUCAGUGAACCCAGUAACUUUAAAUCGAAUAAAAAAUGCAUUCAGGCAGUUCAACGCUGUUCACCAUUCAGUUAGACGUAAACAAUCAGAAAAUAAAAAGACCUUGGCAAGACGACGUUAUAGACGAUCUAAACGUCAAAUAUCUUCACAGUCUGUAGAUACUGAUGAACUUUCUUUUAGACUAAAUCCUAUUUCUCUCAAUCUUUUAAGACUAAGAGACAGUACGACAUCGAUUUCUCAGAAAAUAGACUGA